CCUUUUAGAAUUCCUCAAUUCUCCUCCCUGUCCACAAAUGUUCACAAAAACAAGCCCUAAUUUCCCUCCUUUUAUGUCUCAAAAGCAAUGGUUAAACUCUCUCUUUGAAUGCUGUUAUAGUUUCUUUCAGUAGAAAAUCAACUGUUUUUGCUGUUCUAUCAAAGAUCGUGCUAGAUUUCUAGGGUUUUUAAGGUUUUGAAUGGUACGAGUAGACUGAGGUGCAUCAGACUACUUUUUGUCCGAGGAGAAACCUAAGAUAGUGAGAGAAUUUGAAAAUGGUGACGACAGAUGUUGAGCUGCAACUAACGCAACAGCUCAAGGAGGCAGGGAAGCGGCUUUUACGGCCCCCGACUUCCGAUGAUGAACUUCUCCAUGUUCUUGAUCAAACGGAUAAACUUCUAUCGAUGGUGGAUCAAUCUCCCAAUGAUUUAAUGAAAGAAGUACUAACUCCAUUACAAAAGUGCUUGGUUGAUAGAAGUCUUGUAGAUCAUUCAAAUGUGGAUGUGAAAGUUGCAGUGGCUGCAUGUCUCAGUGAAAUAACAAGAGUCACAGCACCUGAAGCCCCGUUUGAUGAUCAGGAACUGAAGGAUGUCUUUCGCUUGAUUGUUUCUACAUUUGAGAAUUUAUCAGACAAGUCCAGCCGUUCGUAUAUCAAGAGGGCCUCAAUUCUUGAAACUGUUUGCAAAGUUAGAUCAUGUGUUCUUAUGCUUGAUCUUCAAUGUGAAGAGUUGAUUGUGGAGAUGUUUGAACACUUUCUGAAAUCAAUAAGGGAACAUCAUCCCGACAUCAUAUUUUCAUCAAUGGUAGAUAUUAUGAGCCUUAUCUUUGAAGAAAUCGAAGAAGUUUCAAAUAACUUGCUUAAACCACUACUGUUUAGCAUUAAAAAUGACAGCGAAGGAGUUCUACCAGUGGCACGAAAAUUGGGGGAAAAAAUACUUGAGAGGUCUAGAGCUAUACUCAGGCCUUAUUUGAGUAAAACCUUUCCUGAUUUAGGUGAUUCAUUAGAUAACUAUAGCCCAGUUUUGGCUGCUGUAUGUGAAGGGGCAACUGUUUUUGAGCAAAAUGAUGAGAGUGAUUUGGUGCAGCAACAGACUGAUGAGAACAAAUUGGCCAAGGAAUGUUCAGAAGAGGCACCACAGGCUGAUGAGACCAAGAUUACAGUAGUAUCUUCGGAAGAGACAAGUCAGGUGGUUAAAGAGAAUUCAGAAAGGCCUGCAGAGAUUGUUGCGACUCCCACCAGAAUUUUGAAAAUAGUUAUGAGCAAUGGAGGAAGAGUUACUUUGACUGAAAAAGAUUCAUCACCUGUUAAAGAGUCCUCAAAGAAGCCAGAAGAAGCCAUUGAACAUCAAGAUUCUAGUUUGGCUAGUAAAGCCGACAUUAAAGAUUCAUCACCUGUUAAAGAGUCCUCAAAGAAGCCAAAAGAAGCCAUUGAACAUCAAGAUUCUAGUUUGGCUAGCAAAGCCGACAUUAAUGAUUCGGUUGCUGAGUUGGCACAUGUAGAAUACGAAAAGGAAGGAAAUAAGAUUGAUGCCACAUUGGAAUCAGUCCAACCUUCCAAUUCUUCUCAUGGUGAAAACAAAGAUGAGAGAGAAAAUGAUAUUCAAGUUUCUGUUCCAGAAAUAGAAUCAAAACCAGAAGAGACUUCCAAUAAGGAAACCAUGACAUCAGCCGAACCUUCUGUUUCUUCUCAUGCUGAAAGUAAAGACGAGAAAGGCGAUGAAAAGAAAGAUGAUGAAAAUAAGGAUGAUGGAAAUAAGGAUGAUGAAAAGAAAGAUGAUGAAAAGAAGGAUGAUGAAAAGAAAGAUGAUGAAAAGAAGGAUGAUGAAAAGAAAGAUGAUGAAAAUAAGGAUGAUGAAAAGAAAGAUGAGAAAGCUGAUGAAAUUCAAGUGUCUGAAACCGAGGUUGUAAAUGGUCCAUCACAAAGUGGAAGCCUUCCGGAAGAGAUGAAUGUUGAGAAGGUAUCAGCUCAAGAAGAGGAAUCUGAGGUGGCAAAGGCUGGUUUAGAAUCACAAAGUGGGGGCCUACAGUAUAAGAUUCAUAUUAGAAAAGGUCCUCGUUCAAAGAAAAAGAGUAUGAUUAAAGAUGAUACACCUCUAAUAGAUGUUAUAAAGAAAAAGAAGGCAUCCAUCUUUCAGAAAGAUAAACUUCCAGUUCCAGCUACAACUGCCACACCAGAAGACGAGAAAAAAGCGGAUACAGUUGCUUCAGGGGCAAAAUCCGGUAAGAAAGUGGGCGGUGGUGGUUCAGCGAAAAGGAAGCGUAAGAUGUCUGGUAAGAAAAGUGGUGGUGGAAAGUCGGGGGCAAAAAAGGCAAAAAAGUCAUUGAUUGAAAAAGAUGAUGAGAGUGAUUCUUUUGAUAAACCACUGAGACAGUCUUCUGCUGCAAAGAACAAAGAUGGAAAAAAGAACGCCUCAAGUAGUAAAAAAAAACUUGAAGAGAAGGACCAAGCAAAAUCCUUGCCUGAAGAUGAUGAUGAUGUAAUCGGGAUGGAUAUUUCUCCAAAGCUUGCGGAAGAAGGUAAAUCGGAGGAAAGCUUAAAAAGAAAAAGAUCCGUUGGUAAAAAUAAUUCACAGGCUAACAAGAACGUAAAGUAUGAUGAUAGCCUGAUUGGUUUGAAGGUUAAAGUUUGGUGGCCGGAUGAUCAUAAGUAUUACGAAGGUGUUAUUGAAUCCUUUGAUUCUGCUAAAAACAAGCAUAAGGUUUCAUAUGUUGAUGGAGAUGUAGAAACAUUGAAUCUUAAAAAAGAAAAAUGGGAAAUUUUGCAAGAGUUUUCUGCACGAAAUGAGAAGAAACCGGCUGAAGUUCAUAGCACUGAUGAUGAUGAGACAUUAUCCAAAAUUAUUACUUACAAAUCAAAGGGUAAAAGUGACUCCGCAAAGUCAAAGUCAAAAUCAAAGUCAAACGGUGUUGAUGAAAAAGAAUUAGAUGAUGGUGAUGCUGCAGAAAAGUCAACCGAGGGUGAAAAGAGUGGGUCAAAGGGCGGAAAGAAGAGAAAGAAGAUGUAGGUACCUCUUGGAUGGGAUCGGAUCUUCUGUGAUAUACUAGUUUUUUACAUUACAAUGGAUUGGUAGAUGUGGGUAAUUAGUUAAAGUCCAGAUAUAAGAGUAGUCAAUAGUCAUGUUGAAAUUGCUUGGUAGAAGGUAAUUGUGCUUAAGUUUGUAUCUUAUAGUAAGUAGGCUAAAAUUUACCUGUAUCUUUUGAAGACCUACAGUAGGGGGGGUAAUUAGUAAGGCUAAUUUCUGUUAUAAAUAGCGUUGGAUGUGUAGUGUGUUGGCUUUUAUGCUUUCUUCUAAAAACUUUGCAAAUUAUAUAUAACUUUUGCUUAUCUUUCAAAAAACAUCAAGUUUUCAGCUCAAAAUGGUGAGAUAUGUG